AAGUCUUCUCCUGACCGCCCGUAGCCGAGGGAGCCGUCGCUACCGGGUCGCGCCGCGCAGCUCGAGCCCGGCAACAUGUCCGAGAACAAGAAGCAGAGGAUGAAUCUUCAGAGAUCUACUAAUGUGGUAUACCAAGCCCAUCAUGUUAGCAGGAGCAAGAGAGGACAAGUUGUGGGAACAAGAGGUGGAUUCAGAGGCUGUACGGUGUGGCUAACAGGUCUUUCUGGUGCUGGUAAAACAACCAUUGGGUUUGCACUGGAGGAGUACCUGCUUUCUCAUGGCAUUCCUUGCUACUCCCUUGAUGGGGAUAACAUCCGUCAUGGCCUGAACAAAAAUCUCGGUUUCUCAGCUGAUGAUCGAGAAGAGAACAUCCGCCGAAUUGCCGAAGUUGCCAGACUGUUUGCAGAUGCCGGCCUGGUUUGCAUCACCAGUUUUAUUUCUCCUUUCACAAAGGACCGUGAGAAUGCACGGAAGAUUCAUGAGACAGCUGGGCUCCCUUUCUUUGAGGUCUUUGUGGAUGCUCCUCUAAACAUCUGUGAAAGCAGAGAUGUGAAAGGCCUUUACAAAAAAGCACGAGCUGGAGAAAUCAAAGGAUUCACUGGAAUUGAUUCAGAGUAUGAGAAACCUGAAAUGCCCGAACUUGUGCUGAAAACCAAUAUAUCUUCAGUAUCAGACUGCAUUCAGCAGAUUGUGGAGCUCUUGCAGGAACAGAACAUUGUUCCUCCUACCGCUAUCAAGGAUGUUCUUGAGCUGUUUGUACCAGAAAAUAAGGUGGAACAAGCACGGGCUGAAGCCAAUACGUUGCCUUCUGUAAAGAUUACCAAGCUGGAUCUGCAGUGGGUUCAAGUCCUGAGUGAAGGCUGGGCCACCCCCUUGAAAGGGUUUAUGCGUGAGAAGGAAUACUUGCAAGUUCUGCAUUUUGGCACCUUGCUAGAUGGAAAGGGUAGAAUUGAUAUAUCCAAGCUUGAUGGCGUUAUUAACUUGAGCAUUCCCAUCGUGCUUCCAGUAUCUUCUGAAGAUAAGAAGCAUCUGGAAGGCUGCAGUGCCUUUACACUGGAGUACAAUGGGCGGAGGGUGGCAAUUCUAAAAAACCCUGAGUUUUUUGAGCACAGGAAGGAAGAACGCUGCGCGCGCAUCUGGGGGACCACUUGUGCCAAACAUCCACAUGUAAAAAUGGUUAUGGAAAGUGGAGAUUGGUUGGCUGGCGGAGAUCUGUUGGUGCUAGAGAGAAUCAAGUGGAAUGAUGGGUUGGACCAAUACCGCUUGACACCCUUGGAGCUGAGACAGAAGUUUAAGGAAAUGAAUGCUGAUGCAGUGUUUGCUUUCCAGCUGCGUAAUCCAGUCCACAACGGGCAUGCUCUGCUAAUGCAGGAUACCAAGCGGCGCCUGCUUGAAAGGGGUUACAAGCAUCCUGUGCUGCUUCUGCAUCCCCUCGGUGGCUGGACCAAGGAUGAUGAUGUGCCACUCGAGUGGCGCAUGAAGCAGCAUGCUGCAGUUCUGGAGGAGCAUGUCCUAGAUCCAAAGUCAACUGUUGUAGCAAUCUUCCCUUCUCCUAUGUUGUAUGCUGGACCAACAGAGGUCCAAUGGCACUGCAGGGCUCGAAUGAUUGCUGGAGCCAAUUUCUACAUUGUGGGGCGAGAUCCAGCAGGGAUGCCCCACCCUGAAACCAAGAAAGAUCUAUAUGAACCUACACAAGGCGGAAAGGUGCUCAGCAUGGCUCCAGGACUCACCUCAGUGGAAAUAAUUCCCUUCCGAGUAGCUGCAUACAACAAACUACAAAAGGCAAUGGUAUUCUAUGAUCCAGACAGGCACAAUGAAUUCGACUUCAUUUCUGGCACACGCAUGAGGAAGCUGGCUCGUGAAGGUGAAAAUCCCCCCGACGGCUUCAUGGCACCUAAAGCCUGGAAAGUGUUGACAGAAUACUACAUGUCCUUGGAAAAAAAUAAUUAAUUCUUCUUUUAUCUUGGAAAGCCUUUGUCUAAUGAUGAGUUCUGUCAAUUGAUAUAUAUGCUAUUAUGCUUUGGCUUCUUUUAAUUUUUCGAUUUUUAUAUGUGGGCAUUUUCCCCCGGGCCUGAUUCUGGCCUGACCACCCCAC